ACCAAAGCGGCGUCUAUGGCCGAGAAGCAGGGGGAGGUUGCGACGAGAGCCGCAGCGGAAGCCACAGUGUCGGCGACGAAGGCGAAGGAGAUGCUGGACGAGAUGCGCAAAUCCUUCGACACCGAGGUAGGCAACGUGCAGCGCAUCCAUCUUCAGCUCCAGGACCACCUCGCCUUCCAUCAAAACAUGCUUCGCAGUGUCGUCUCCGACGCUCGCCGAACGCGGGAAGAGCUCGCCGGGGAGGAGGAGCAGAUGCGGCUCGUCGCCUCGUCCGCGAUGGCGAAACAUUCGGAGCUGAAUGAGUUGCUGAGGAAGGAGAGCUCCGUCAUUGUGGAGGCUGUCAGCGCGGUGCAGCGGGAGCGCGACGCGGCGUCGCAAGCUGCAAACGAAGCGAAGUUUGUGGCCAUGAAGGCCGGGGAAGUGCUGGCGGACGUGUCCGGGAGUUUCAAUGGUGAGAUGACGAAAGCGAGACAUGUCAAUAUGCAGCUGCAGGAAGGAUUGGAGCGGGAGAAGGAGAGGAUUUUAAUGGAGCGAGAAAUUGCUUUGCAACAUAGCCAAGAAGUACAGGAUCGGUUUAGUGGAGAGUUGGCGCUUGCAGUCAACAAUUGGAAGCAUGACAUGAAUGCCGAAAUCGUGCGGGCUAAGGAGGUUACCCGGGGACUUGAAGAGGAGCAACGACGGGCGUGCACGGUCUUAGAGCAGGCUGCCUUGUCUUGUCCGCAACCGGAUCGCAUCCAGGCCGAUAUGGAGGAAUACAUCUUGAAGACACAAUUGGCGUUGGAUAACCUCGCCAAGUCGGUGCGACAAUUGCAAGAUGCACGGGAGGACAAACAUCAGCGUUUAUUAGUGAAACGGCAAGAGUUGGAGCAGUUUAAGAGAAAUUGGCAGGGUGACCUGAGUCAGUUGCAACAAACGGUGCAAGUGCUGGAGGAACGGUUCAAGGAAUCAGCAUGCGAGCAAUCCGAUUUUUGCAAACGCGUUGAGGUGAUGGAGAGCAUGCAAGUCGAUCUGGUUAGGUCAUACGAUGAUGUGCGGAGCAGCACAGGUGACUUGGAGAAGACAGCUGCAAUUUGGCUUCCGAAGUAUGAAGCUGCAGCGAAGAUCGUGAAUGAGCUGUCGUCAAAAGUUGAGCGCAUUGAUGAGCAAUUUCAGUUCACUUGUGGUGGUGAAAGUCUGAUGCAACAAAUUGCCCGUGUUGCUGAGACGAAGGUGAACGGAAUGAAGGACAUGGCAAUUGCGACGUUGGAGAGUCGAGUGAAUGAGUUGGAGAAAUCUGUGAGCCAGAAUGACUCCAACUUGUCGCUGAAGCUGGAAUACAUUGAGAAAACUAGCAAAGGUGGAAAGGAUGAAAAUCUGCCAUUGAUUAACGACUUGAGCCAGAGUGUUGAAGCUCUUCGAAGGAGGGUGGAGAUUAUUGCGGCAGAGCGCAAUGAAAUGGUGACUUCAGGCCCAAAUCCAGACCUCAGUUUCAGAAUUGAUAAUCUUGAUAGCCGCAUCGAGCAUGUUGCUUCCGCGACAUUCAACAAUUUAAGAUUAUUGGAUAAAAAGGUAGAGCAUGUGACUGCGGGAGUACAAUCUUCACUAGAUGGAGCAGCAGUGGCAGACAAAAAAUGCGCUGCUCUUGGUUCUGAGCUUGUCAAGGUUUUCAGGAUGUUCUCUAGUAAGCGAGAUGGUCAAGGUCUUGGGAACAACUGCCAACCGCCUAAAGAAUGCAAAGAGCCUAACAUGUCCCAGUUACAUAACAGAAGGGGCGACGUAACAGAGAGACACGAGUUUGAAUCGAUGAGUCAGUCGAUAAGUCAAUCUAUAAGUCAGUCGACGACUGACGGAGCCAUGGAUCGUGUCCAGAGCACCCCAGGAAUGCCUGAGAACCAACAUUUUCCACCCACGAAGACAGGGAUCUCUCCUAGAAAGAUAAUCAGAAAAGGUAUGCACAGUUCAGUAAGGGAACCUUUACACCCUAAAGCUACUCACUCAUCAGAGACUCAAAAAACACCUCCACGAUCUGAGAAAGAUCGAGGCAGCGGAGGCUUCUGCAGCUCUGAAGGAGGGAGCUCCGUGAGAGAUGGGUCAAGGGGCUUUCGAGACUCUGCUGAAAGGCAGCACAAACUACAUGGACCUCUCAAUGUCGUUGAGGAACGGAAGCCAAUGAGUGAUCUAGAUGGGCGACUCACCAUAGAAAAGCGGCAAGCAGGAUCUGCCAAUAAUUGUCAAAGAACAAACAUUCGGCUGGAUGCUGGUCGAAUACAUGUGAAUGUUAGCCAUCGAACUGGCAGUAUAAAUCAAUCAGAGAAAAGAAAUGACUUGAUAGCGGUACAAUCGUAAAGCAUUAGGAUUCUACUUACUAGAUUGAAGGCUCGUAACGUCACCAGGGCUACGAUCACAGAAAAAUCACCGCCAUUGGGGCUACAUCAGACUCCAGAGUCGACGAAACAAGCCGCAAAAUCAAGAAACCUCGAGAGGUUGAAAGAUGAUGCCCCGGCAGCCAGAUGCACCUGAUGCACCGAAGGUCAAGCGGAAUCUGUGGAGUUCCUUUUGAGAUAGAAAAAUCAAGAUUGCAGGUUAACCGCUUAUCAAAGUGCAGGCGGAUUUUUGAUGAUGGCUGCUUCAAGAUUCCAUCUUUACAUUCAUAUACACCUCGUAUGCGGAGAUUACAUACACCAAAUGGAUUGAGAAGUAAAACACAAGAGGAUGCGCUGCUCCCCACUUAGGACAAAGUAAUUACAAAAUUCUGGUUAAAAUCUGGCCGUAGGAGUUCCAUCUCCAUUCAUUCAAUUCAAUUAUCCCUUGGCGAUGCAUCCUGAUCAGUGAAGUGACAGGAAAAUUUGCAGAAGACAAAUUCUCCAUAAAUUCUAAUUUAGUUCCAUGCUGCUUCUCUUCCUGUUUGGUGAUCAAGAUCCUUUGUUACCUCUCACCACUUGGUCCUUGAUUUCUUUUAGUUUCUUUUCUUCUGUAAUUGCCUUUGCAGACAGCAUGGUGGAAGGUGCAGUUUAGUUACAAUUUCCUGUAAGCACAGGAGAAACUCUCUUGCCCAUGUAAGAAACUUACCCAAUGGUUAUGAGCAAGCCACUGUAGAAUGAAAUAGAAGACUAUGUGUAGGAGAGGUGUAACCUUGAAGCAAGACAAUGUACGAACUACACAAGCACACAGGUUGUCGGUCAGUCAGAAUGGUGACUAGAACAACAUGCUUUCUCUGCUCAAGUCUCAUUUCCUAUUAGUACUGAAGGAUCACCAUAGUCAGAUUUGUCAUGAAGUCCAGUACUCUAUUGUGUCACCCUCAAGGAAUCCAUGAAUGUUCAUUCUGGUACAGGAUUGUUGAAUGAAAAUGGGCAAGUGGUCCACGAGAACAUCCUUGAGCAAGGAAGUCUAUAAUGCUU